AUGCUUGCGAAGAUCAUAUCUUCAAGAAGAGAGGAGAUACGCCAACGGAAAAGAGAUGCAUCAAUGGACGCGUUAACGUAUUAUAUGAAUGUGGACACGACCAAAUAUAAGCACUUGCAACCAAGUAAUGAUAAGUUUAUAAGAGACGUUGUUCUAAGUUUAUUGUUAGCAGGACGGGACACCACAAGCUCAGCUCUCACUUGGUUCUUCUGGCUUCUCUCUAAGCAUCCUCAAGUUAUGACCAAGAUCCGUCAUGAGAUCAACACAAAGUUUGAUCCUACAGAUCUAGAGAAUAAGCUCGUGUAUCUGCAUGCUGCCUUGUUCGAAUCAAUGCGACUCUACCCACCAGUUCCCUUAAACCACAAGUCUCCUUCAAAGUCAGAUGUUCUUCCAAGCGGUCACAAAGUUGAAGCAGAUGCAAAGAUCUUAAUCUCUAUUUACGCAUUGGGGAGGAUGAGAUCGGUAUGGGGAGAAGACGCAUCGGAUUUCAAACCAGAGAGAUGGAUUUUAGAUAAUGGAAGUCUAAGACAUGAACCUUCAUACAAGUUCAUGGCUUUCAAUGCCGGUCCAAGAGCUUGCUUAGGUAAACAUUUGGCUAUGUUGCAGAUGAAGAUAAUAGCUGUGGAGGUCAUACAAAAAUAUGAUUUUAAGGUCGUCGAAGGUCACAAGAUCGAACCAGUACCUUCUGUCAUUCUCCGUAUGAAGCAUGGUCUUAAAGUCACAGUCGGUAAGAACAUAUGA